CAGCCUUGAGAAGGUGCCGCCUGAUAGACUGAGCUCAGGGCACCACCGCCCAAUGAGAGCGGCAGAGAGUGUCGGACUUCCUGGUCGGCUCUGCGCCGUGUUGUCCCGCAGAGCUCUCUCUCUCUCUGGAUGAAGGGAAGGAAACGCAGAAGUAGUUAGGCAACGGCCUGUUUUAAAGGCUUGGUCCCCGGCUGUAGUUAGCACACGAACGGGCGAGUCAAAACCUCGUCGAAACCGAGGCGGAGGCGUGCGAAAAAGCGGGAGCAGAGCAGCGGAGCUGGUGAGAGGAGCUGCCCGCGGAUCAGUGAGGUUAGCUGGGAUUGCGCUAACAGACGGAGCGGCGGAGGAGGAGGAGGAGGAGAAGACGCUCUCAUUUGUUCCAGAGGCUCCAAACUACGCAAGGACCUCGAGAAACUUUUGUCGACAGGGCAGGAGCUUGUGAGUAUGCGGCUGGAGCCACGGGCGCUGUAGGAUGAAGAGCCCGGCGCACCGCACCAGGGACAUCGAGCGGCAAGCUGGCUACCUGAAGCCUGAGCACUGCGCCCCUCCCCCGCCCCGCAACGGCUCCGACACCAUGUGGUUCAUCCGCGACGGCUGCGGCAUCGUGUGCGGCGUCAUCACCUGGUUCCUGGUCUUCUACGCCGAGUUCGUGGUGGUGUUCGUCAUGCUGCUGCCUGCCAAGAACGUCGCGUACAGCCUCUUUAACGGGGUGAUCUUCAACGGGCUCGCUUUCCUCGCCCUCGCCUCUCACGCCAAGGCGAUGUGCACGGACCCGGGAGCCGUGCCUAAAGGGAACGCUACCAAAGAAUUCAUCGAGAGCCUGCAGCUCAAACCAGGACAGGUGGUGUACAAGUGUCCCAAGUGCUGCAGCAUCAAGCCCGACAGAGCUCACCACUGCAGUGUGUGUAAACGCUGCAUCAAGAAGAUGGACCACCACUGUCCCUGGGUGAACAACUGUGUCGGAGAGAACAACCAGAAAUACUUUGUGCUUUUUACAAUGUAUAUUGCACUAAUUUCCUUCCAUGCUCUGAUCUUGGUGGCCUUUCAUUUUGUUUUCUGCAUUGAAGAAGACUGGACAAAGUGUAGUAACUUCUCUCCACCAGCAACUGUCAUCCUCCUCAUCCUCCUCUGCUUCGAGGGCCUCCUCUUCCUGAUCUUCACUGCAGUCAUGUUUGGGACGCAGGUCCACUCCAUCUGCACCGAUGAGACGGGUAUCGAACAGCUCAAGAAGGAGGAGAGAAGAUGGGCCAAAAAGUCAAAGUGGAUGAAUAUGAAGGUGGUGUUCGGCCAUCCGUUCUCUAUAGCCUGGCUGAGCCCCUUCGCAACACCCGACCACGGCAAGGCGGACCUGUACCAGUACAUCGUGUGAAAGCAUGAAACCUUGCCGAGCUCUGCUGCUGUGGACAAACUGAUCAAUCCUGCCCUGCCCUCCUAAUGGCUGGACGCCAAUGAGCAUGAACUCCUCUUAACCACUUCUAUAUUUUCUUUCCUUUUUAUGAAUAUUUCAUUUAUUGAUAUUUCAGGGUGUUCUGCUGUAAGUGAGUACAUUAUACGUUUAUUUUAUAACAACUUUUUUGUUUUAUUGUUUCCCUCUUGGUGCUGACUGAGAUUAAUGAAGUGUAGCCGUGCAAGGGGGAAAAAAACUAAGAAGUGACAGGGAGCACUUAAUAAGAGUUGGUGAAACAACACCAAGAGAGUGAGUCCUGCCUUCUCUGGAGGAAAAUUUCCUGCAAUAUGUCUGAUCAUUUCCUGCUUCCAAGACUUAAAAAAUGUGAAAUCGAAACUGAAGUGCAAAAAGUUUUCGCUCAGAGCAGUGAAGUCCGGGUGCCAAGAUUGGACACCGGGUUCUGUCUUCCCUUUUAAACAUUGCUGUGAUCCAAUCACUUCUUCUUUUGCUGUAUCUCUGCCGUUGCGAUAGUCUUGCUGAGCUCUGUCUGGAUGAUUUGCCUUAGAACAGUGCAUUAGUUAACGGUGGCAUCUGCUACUUUUAUGAACAUUUCUGCUAUUUUGCCUUAAUGUGACAGACGGAGUGAGACAGGAUCAUAUUGAUUACAUCCUCUUUUAAAUGAGUUUGUUGCCAGAUCACUGUGAAGGAUGCUCAGAGGUUGUAGGACAGAGCAGCAGUAGCCUCCCAGUGGACGUUAUAAAUCUUAAGAUUUCAGUCCUGGUUUAUUUUAAUACUUGUUGAGUCAGAAAUAACAACAGAAUUGGUGAAUUAGUUAAAGGCGCAGCCAGACAAACUCACAUUAUUUAAAUGAAUCAGUCAAUAAUCAGCCGUUAUCCAUCACAUUUGUACGUUAAUGUGCGUUUCCAUCCACUCUACUGUUUAUAUGAAUAUUAGUUGUUAGAGUUGGACGGUUGGGGGCACUAAAUCUUCCGUCUGGUGCCAUUGAAUGGGUAGAGGGUGCAGCAAGAUGACGUGGAUACAGAUGUUCAGUGUUUUUAAUGUGCAAAGAAGAAUAUGCAUAAAACAGGUUGGUGGAAACACACACAGUGAGGCUGAUGUCGGUGAGAUAAAAGUCCAAACAGUAAUGCUGGAUUACAUGUUUACCUCAUUUCCUGUGAUGGCAAUAUUGAAUACAGUGCGUAUAAGUAUGGUGGACUCCGCCACUAACAAAGAAUACCACUGUAUACAGAGAUAACUGAAUUUAUUUAUGCUCAGUGGCUGUUUUCUGAGAAAUGACACAUUGGAUUCUUUUAGAAAAAUCCCACAUCUAACACUUAACAGACAAACAAAGUUUUGUUUGUCAGCUUGCAUGAUGUUGAAAGUGACACUUCAGUUUAGUUAGUCCGCCUGAUAGUUUGACCAGUGUUGUGGUCCUUUAUUUGACUCUGUGUUGUAAGUAACCGACCUCUUUGCAUGAAAAACAUUUUCGUCACAGUCACCAGCUCAGAUGGACAGUCAAGUCAAGGGAAUAAAGCAAUACACAUUCCUCUCUGAAUGCGCUGACACUCAGUGUAAUGCACUCACUCUCAGAUGAUGAAAUUAGCCUGUGGAUAAUCCCGUUUGUUAUAAAUUGUAGUUCUGGAGCUGAAUGGAGGGGGAAAAAGCCUUAAAUAAUGAAACAUUGAUUCAAAUUUAGUCCAUUGGAAAAUGUUCACCGACGCCUGAAAGACUUUAACUUGUCACAGCUGUUGACAGUCCUCCGUCACCCAGUGCGAAGAGAUGAGUGAAGAUUUCACCUUUGGUGAUGCAGACAGAAAACAGGCCACUAAAAAGCAUUUAACACAAAACCUGUGCUUACCCACAUGUGUUUGAAAGCCUUACUGUAAGUAUGAAACAUGUUUUUAAGGGCGAUGAAAGGACAUAUUUUAACAUACAUGUUGCCAAAUCAAAUGCUUAUUGAAGGGGGACACUGAAGAGUGACAUUUUCAUAGGCUUUUAAAAAUCACUGGAGUUUUUAAAAAACGUUACCAUCAUAUGGAGAUGCAACAGUUUACACAUACAGAACACCAGCUUUCUUCUUUUAUCUUGUUCUAUAUGUGGUCAGGUAUGAAUACCAUUUGUAAAACUUACUGUAGACCACAUGAUGUUUUUUUUUUUU